AUGCCCGGUCAAAAGAUCCUCUGCGUUGCAGAGAAACCGGCGAUAGCCAAGGCAGUCGCUCAACACCUAGCAGGUGGCCGAGUAACAACGCGGCCCGUCAACGGCAACCAAUAUGUCAAGAAUUACGAGUUCGACUUCCACUUCCAACAAUGGGGCAACUGCUCGGUAACCAUGACCAGCGUGCUGGGCCAUCUGACUGGCUUGGACUUUGACCCCAAGUACAAAAACUGGAAGUCGUGUCCUCCAAGCCAACUGUUUGAAGCUGAAACAAAGAUCACCAUCGACAGAGACAAGCAGUCCAUUGCCGAGAAUAUUCAACGGCAGGCCCGUUUUGCCAGAAUCCUCUUCAUUUGGACCGAUUGUGACCGCGAAGGAGAACACAUUGGCGGCGAAGUUCGGGACCAGGCCAAGAAGGGCAACCCGGCCAUUGUAGUGAAGCGAGCCAAGUUCAGCAAUACUGAAAGAGCCCAUGUUAUCCAUGCGGCUCAUUCUCCCAUUGAUAUGGACGAGCGCCAAGUCAGUGCGGUGGCAGCCAGGAUCGAGCUUGACCUGCGGAUAGGUGCCUCCUUUACCAGGCUACAAAGUCUAGAACUCCAGCGUUUAAGCGACAACCUUCGAGACCAAACCAUUUCCUAUGGUUCCUGCCAGUUUCCCACGCUGGGUUUCGUGGUGGACCGGUACAAUCGUGUCAGGAAUUUCAAGCCCGAGACCUUUUGGCUGAUCAAGCUGGUCCACGUGCGAAACAGGAUCAAGGUCAACUUCAACUGGCGGAGAGUCUGGCUCUUCGAUCGAGCAGCGGUGACCAUCAUAUUCGAGGCCUGUCUUGACGCGAAAUAUGCCAAGGUCACAAAGGUUCAGAAGAAGCCAACCUCGAAAUGGAGACCGCUUCCUUUGACCACUGUGGAAUUGCAAAUGCAAGGCAGCCGCUUUCUUCGUAUGACCAGUCAGCAAGUAAUGUCGGUCGCUGAGAAGCUCUACCAAAGGGGUUUCAUCAGCUAUCCCCGAACCGAGACGGAUCAGUUUCCGCGAGAGUUCGACUUCAACGCCAUAAUUCAACGACAAACCCAGGACAACAAUUGGGGACAAUAUGCACAGCGGCUGCUUGAUGGCGAGUUCAGGACUCCGCGAUCAGGUCGCCACAACGACCAAGCUCAUCCGCCAAUCCACCCGGUCAACUACGUUGCCAGCGAUGCUCUGGAUGCCCAGGAGAAAAAGGUGUACGAGUUUGUCACCCGAAGAUUUUUGGCGUGUUGUUCAGAAGAUGCCAAGGGAGAGGCGACCGACAUCGAAAUCCUCUGGGGCUCUGAGACCUUUCAUACUCAUGGUUUGCUGGUCCUGGAGAGGAAUUACCUCGAUGUCUAUGUUUACGACAAAUGGGAAAGCAGCCAGCAGCUUCCUGAAUUCACUCUCGGCGAGACUUUUGAGCCAUCAGAAGCAAACAUGGUGGACGGAAAGACCACGGCCCCUGGGUACCUUACCGAACCUGAACUGAUUGCCCUGAUGGAUGCCAAUGGCAUUGGGACAGACGCGACGAUGGCCGAGCACAUUGCCAAGAUCAAGGAUCGAUCUUAUGUCGACACAAGACGCUCUGGAGGCAGUCGCAACUCUGUUCAGGAAUUCAUUCCCACUACGCUCGGUGUUGCCUUGAUUGAAGGGUAUGACAAUGUGGGCCUCGACGUCAGUGUCAGCAAACCUUUCCUCCGUAAGGAGAUGGAGCUGAAAAUGAAAGCGAUCUGCGAGGGCAGGAAAAGUCGGACUGAGGUGGUCCAAGAAAGUCUGGAGCAGUACCGUGAAGUCUUUGUCAAGACACAGCGCGAGAUCCAGGUUUUGAAGGCCGCGGUGACGAAAUACGUCGUCAAUGGAGGGGCGGAGUGA